AUGGCCGAGAAAAUUACUAUUGACAAAACCAAUUUCUUCAACCACCUUUCCACCCUAUACACAUCAUGGAAGGCUGAUAAACGCGCGGGAAACACCCUCUUCGGAGGUGCUGGCUCUAUCGUCAUCCUCAUGGGCAAGAGCAAAUCCGAAGAAGAUACCUUCCAAAAGAACAAUGCCCUGCAUUUCUGGCUUCUCGGGUAUGAAUUCCCUGCCACACUCCUUGUCCUGACCACAGAGGCUGUCUACGUUGUCACAACUGCAAAAAAAGCCGAGCACUUGGAGCCUCUAAAGGGCGGUAAGAUCCCAGUCGAGAUCCUAGUGACAACAAAGGAUCCACAAUCCAAGACGAAUGCCUUUCAUAAGUGCUUAGAUAUUAUCAAGGCUGGCGGGAAGAAGGUCGGUACCCUCCCGAAAGAUACAACAUCCGGUCCUUUUGCAGACGAGUGGAAACGUGCAUUUGCCGACAUCUCGAAAGACGUCGAAGAGGUGGACAUUACACCUGCACUUUCAGCUGCACUUGCCAUCAAGGAUCCCGAGGAACUGGUGUCAAUCCGAAAUGCUUCCAGGGCCUGCAGUGGACUGAUGUCCGGAUACUAUGUGGACGAAAUGUCUCGACUUCUUGAUGAGGAGAAGCAGAUGACACACAAAGCUCUCGCCGGAAAGGUUGAAGCGAAAAUUGAUGAUGCCAAGUUCUUUAACAAACUUGAACGUCUCCCGGCUGAGUUCGAUGCCAACCAGAUUGACUGGGCUUAUGGACCAGUCAUUCAGAGCGGAGGAGCGUAUGACCUUAAACUAACGGCCAUUCCCGAUGGCAAGAAUCUGCAGCCUGGCAUCAUUCUUUGCAGCUUUGGAAUUCGCUAUAAGACAUACAAUUCGCUGAUUGGGCGUACUUACUUGGUGGACCCAACUAAGUCACAAGAAGCCAAUUACGCAUUCUUGCUCAGUCUUCAUGAGACAGUCAUGAAGGAGAUUCGCGAUGGAGUUGUUGCCAAGGAGCUUUACAAUAAAGCUUUGGGUCUCGUUAAAUCAAAAAAACCGGAGCUGGAGAGCCACCUGGUGAACAGCAUUGGCGCCGGCAUCGGUAUUGAGUUACGAGAUGCUAACAUGAUCUUGAACGCAAAAAAUAACCGAGUCUUGAAGAAUGGCAUGACUCUGUCAAUCACCAUCGGGUUGACCGAUGUUAAGGAUGCCGAUGCCAAGGGCAAUGGAGUCUAUUCUAUGGUCAUCACUGACACGGUUCGCGUUGGGGACACUGGUCCGCAUAUCUUUACCAAGGAUGCCGGUAUUGAUAUGGAUUCGGUCUCCUUUUAUUUCAGCGAUGAUAAGGAGCCCGAGAAGCCUGUGAAGGAGAGAAAAGACUCCAAGUCCAGCACUGUGAACAGCAGGAAUGUGACUCGCACCAAACUUCGCGCUGAUCGACCGUCCCAAAUCAACGAUGGUGCCGAAGCUCGACGCCGGGAGCAUCAGAAGGAAUUGGCUGCCAAAAAGACCAAGGAAGGUCUGGAUCGGUUUACUGGUACCACUGGAGAUGACAACAGUGUAGCCCAGAAAAAGUUCAAGCGAUUUGAAUCUUACAAACGCGACAAUCAGUUACCUGCCAAGGUUAAGGAUCUCACCGUUUAUGUCGACCACAAAGCCUCAACUGUCAUCGUCCCUAUCAUGGGAAGACCAGUACCGUUUCAUAUCAACACUAUCAAGAAUGCUAGCAAGAGCGAUGAGGGCGAAUACGCAUAUCUACGUCUAAAUUUCUUGUCGCCUGGGCAGGGUGUUGGUAGAAAGGAUGACCAGCCAUUUGAAGACCCGAAUGCCCACUUUGUGCGCAACCUGACCUUACGGUCAAAGGACAACAGCCGACUCGCACAGGUUGCUCAGGAUAUCACGGAGCUCCGCAGAACUGCUUUGAAGCGGGAACAGGAGAAAAAGGAGAUGGAGGAUGUCGUGGAGCAAGACAAACUCACCGAGAUUCGCAACCGCCGUCCGGUCAAGCUCCCGGACGUAUACCUUCGGCCUCCUCUGGAUGGGAAGCGAGUCCCUGGCGAGGUAGAGAUUCAUCAGAACGGUCUACGUUACCACUCGCCUCUUCGUUCCGAGCAUGUAGAUGUGCUUUUUAGCAACGUCAAGCAUCUGUUCUUCCAACCCUGUGCACAUGAGCUGAUUGUCCUCAUCCAUGUUCACCUGAAAACCCCGAUCAUGAUUGGGAAGAGGAAGACUCGAGAUAUCCAGUUCUACCGCGAGGCGACUGAAAUGCAAUUUGACGAAACCGGUAACCGACGACGCAAGCAUCGAUUCGGCGACGAGGAGGAAUUCGAAGCUGAACAGGAGGAGCGCCGCCGCAGAGCUGCCCUUGACCGCGAAUUCAAAGCAUUCGCCGAAAAGAUCGCCGACGCUGGAAAGGACGAAAAUGUUGAUGUAGACAUUCCUUUCCGGGAGAUCGGGUUCACUGGCGUGCCAAACCGGUCUAAUGUCUUGAUCCAACCAACGACAGAUGCUCUCGUACAAUUAACCGAGCCCCCUUUCAUGGUGAUCACUCUGAAUGAGAUUGAGAUUGCCCACCUCGAAAGAGUGCAGUUUGGGCUCAAAAACUUCGACUUGGUGUUUGUCUUCAAGGACUUCCACCGGCCUCCGGUGCACGUCAACACGAUCCCUGUGGAGUCACUGGAGGGUGUCAAAGACUGGCUUGACUCUGUUGACAUUCCCUUUAGUGAAGGUCCCUUGAACCUCAAUUGGGGCACGAUCAUGAAAACUGUUGUCAGUGAUCCAUAUGGUUUCUUCGCUGACGGUGGCUGGUCCUUCUUAGCUGCUGAAUCCGACUCCGAGGGUGGGUCUGAUGAGGAGGAGGAGUCGGCUUUCGAAUUGUCUGACUCUGAGCUGGCCGCUGCAGACGAAAGCUCCGAGGAGGAUAGUGACUUCGAUGAUGACGCGAGCGCUGAUGCAAGCGAAGACGAAGACUUCAGCGGCGAUGAGGAGAGCGGAGAAGAUUGGGAUGAACUGGAGAAGAAGGCUAAGCGCCAUGACAAGGAGACAAAGGCGGAAGAUGAUGACCGAGGAACCAAGCGCAAGCGCUAA